UCUAUAACUCUAAAGUAUUCCGAAAGGAAACGGGAUUCCCCUUUCUUUUGAUUGAAUGCAAAUUUUGUACUUUAAACUGAUAACGAAGUCCUGAUAAUUAACCUUUGCAGAAUGUUUAGCAGGUUAUCUAGACAAAUUGCAGUAAGGAUGUCAACUACAGCUGCCAGAGCACAGAAACUAAAGGGAAAAGUGGCCAUAGUCACAGCAUCCACAGAAGGAAUUGGUUUUGCCAUAGCCAGACGUCUUGGAGAAGAUGGUGCAAAGGUUGUUGUCAGUAGCAGAAAACAAAAGAAUGUUGACAAGGCUGUUGAUGUAUUGAAAAAAGAAAAUCUGGAUGUGCGUGGAAUUGUUUGUCAUGUCGGCAAGAAAGAGGAUAGAACAAAACUGAUACAAAAGACAAUAGACGAGUAUGGCGGUAUUGAUAUUUUGGUAUCUAAUGCAGCAGCUAAUCCAACAAUGGGUCCUUUAAUUGAUUGUUCAGAAGAUGCGUGGGAUAAGCUGUUUGAUACUAAUGUGAAAGCCACAUUUAUGCUGUGUAAAGAAAUUGUACCUCAUAUAGAAAAAAGAGGAGGUGGUUCUAUUGUGAUAGUAUCAUCUAUUGCUGGAUAUGUUUCAAGUGAUGCUAUUCCAGCUUAUGCAGUGACCAAAACAGCAUUACUGGGUCUGGUGAAAGGAUUAGUAGGCAGCUUGGCACCAAAGAAUAUCAGAGUGAAUGGUAUAGCACCAGGUCUAAUCGAUACUAAAUUUAGUUCUGCUUUGACAGGUAACCCAGAAGUGUUAAAGAUGGCUUUACCAGCAAUUCCUUUACACAGGCCAGGAAUGCCAGUAGAAUGUAGUGGAAUAGUUUCCUUUUUGUCAUCAGAGGAUGCAUCUUAUAUAACUGGAGAAAAUAUUGUAAUAUCAGGUGGCAUGCCAUCACGGUUGUAGAUUAUGUUGUGAAGCAAAUAAGAUAUCUAUUCAGCAACUAUCAGAAUGACUGCCUUCAUGGUGCUAAGUAUUUGAGUAUUUGAGAAAAAUUUGUCAAGUUUUUUGAGUAAAGAUUGCAUGCAUGCAAACUUAAUCAUACAACAGUGGCUUCAUAUAAACUUUCCAUACAGUAUCUUUUAUUUAUCUUAUAAAUAUGGACAAAACAACAACAGAAAAGAAACAUCUGAAGCAUUGAGCAAAAAGAUCUAGAUUCUAUUUAUGAACAUUUCAAGAAAUUUAUCAAUGAAAUAUAUAUUCAGUUUUUCUAGUUACAAAAUGAGAUGUUUUUUUGUAAAACCAAAAUAUUCUUAUAAUGUCAUUGUAAAGAAAUAUUUAAGAAUUGAAUGCUUCUUUUUGUAAAUUUAUUGGGGUGUAAAAGCGUUGACCGAAGUACAUUUUGUAUGAAGCGCGGAAGCCCUUCAUUCUAAAAAUCUACGCAUGGUCAACGCUUUUACAACCCUAUAAAGUUACAAAAAGAAGCAUUCAAUACUUAUAAUUACAUUUCUUAGCUAGUAUCAUGAAAACAUGAUUUUUAUCAAGUUUUAUUUAAUUCACCUGUGCACUUUAUUGUGGGACCUCGUGUCAUCAUGAAUGAUAAGUUUUAUUGUCUAGUACAAUUGCUUACGGAAUAACAUGUCAUGUGCAGUUAGCCAAUCAGAAUAACGUAUUAUAAUGAAACAAACAUCUAAUGUAAUUAUAAAAAUUUGAGUUACCUUCCUUUGUCCACAUGGCAGUUUAUCCAGUUAUCAUUAGAAUUGCCUUAGAAUGGUCAAUGAUUUUAAGGCCCAUUGCAAAAUGAAUGCAAUUUUUACCCUUAUUUGAUAACAAGCACCUUGUUUAUACUAUGCAUGUAAUCAUUUUUUUACAAGGUUAUUCUUUAAUGUAUUCCAAAAUGUAAAACUGCCUUACAUUUUACUUUCCAUGCGGAUUCUUUAGUUUAUAGAUACAAAGGUAACAAUUCUGAUUGGUUGCCUUGUGUAUAACCAGUAUUAUGAGUUGACAAAUGAGACCAGGUAUUGUAGUCUUCCCAUUGAAUUGUUAUAAUAGCUGUUCAUAAUUCAUUGUGUUUAUAAAUGAAUCAUUGAAAUUUUUAUAUAUAUGUGAUCUUGUUGAUUUUUAAUAAUUUAAAUAAAAAAAUAGUUCAAUAUCA